ACAUACAAAACGCCCACCGAACGCGGUUACGGAAACAAUCAUCCACGCACAGGACCGUAAUGGUUCGAAAUGGGUGAACAUACAUGCUGAUGAAAAAGCAGAUCGUGGACGAACGCUUUAGAAAUGUUUGCAGUUGUUGUUUAGGGAACUAUGUUUCCUGACGCAGUCACAUCACUAUUUACAUGCGCGAGGAGGCCGCUUAAUCCUCUUAGGAUAUGUAGCUUUAUCUGAGAGGGAGGGUAGCACUGCCUUGUAAUGUCUUUAUGUGUCUCUCCCAGGACCCAAAUACUCAACUUAGACACUUAUAAUCAUGACUAUUGGGAAGCUGGAAAUUUUGUGGACAUGUCAACUUGUGAGUGUGCGUUUCCCGUGAUUUGAGCGACCGAAAACGAUAAUCCAUCUCUGCAUAUUGUGUCUUAGAGGAACUCUUUGUCAAGCGGCCAUUAUUUCGGCUGCUGGCGUAUUUCAGAAAAAACGUCAGCUUCAUCGAGAUGGACUUUCAUGCGGCGAUGGAGACUUUUGCUGAGGCGUGGGUCGCUGCUAACACCCAAACGGCGGUAAAUUCAGAUCCCCAGGCCCUAAAGCAGACUUCUGUGGAGGACCUCCCUACCCUCCUUCCAAAGGACCAGCUCGUGGAACGUGGCCAGGGUGGGAACAGCAACACUGGGCCUGGGGGCCGCAAUAUGGUCCUUGGGGGUGGCAGUACCAGUCCAGGGGGGGUCAACUCGGGAUCCUCUGGGGCAACUACCGGAACCGCUGGAGGCAAUGUCCACAGAGUUGAAAAAUCCACUAGUCCCAAGAAAGCAGACACAACAACACAGGCCAGUGGAGGUCCAGGGAAGUCACUACCAAUUCAUUGUCUAGUGGAGCAGAUAUCAGGUGUGCCGUCUUUUGCCGGGGUGACAAGCUCCACAUGCACAGGGAGUCAGGUUGAGCUGGAUAGCUAUGCCAUCCUCCCCUGCUCCACACUACUGGGCGAUCUGGUCCGCACCGCACUACUCAAGCUUGGCUACUCCGCCACAGACGCCAUGAACGCAAAAGGUGCCAUUCAAAUCAAGAACUGGAAACCACUCACAUUUGAUGCCAUUACUGAUGGUCCCCAGUCCACUGUGGAUGAUAUUCUCAGUGAACUCACCAAUGUUGCCACGCUCAGAAUUCACUUAGCAAGUAACCCAUGUUUGUCCACAGCCGAGGAAAUAAAAGAUAAGCUCCUGCAGCUCCUUCUGUCUCACUCACAGGGGCUGCUUAAUGAGGCUGGAUGCCCCAUUGAGAAGACACUUCUGUCAUCUUUGUCCCGUGGUGAGAAACCUGACAGCCUAUCAGACGAAGUGCUGAACGCAUUUGACAAGUGGUACCGGGACCAGUUGACGAGGCGGCAGCGCCCACCUCCUCUGAUGCAGCAGCAGCAGCAGCAACAACAGCAGCAGCAGCAGCCGAAGACUGCAGACAGUGACAAGCUGAUUGAGCCAGUGAAACCGGCCAGUCCCAUCAUCCCAUCAUCCGAGUCAAAGGAGAACCAUACCACAUCACCUCUGUUCAAUCACUGCCGAACACGUAUCCGCACGUCGUUUGACCCGGAACAUGAGAUCCCGAGACUUCAGAAGUGGUUCCAGGACAACCAGCAUCCAUCAAGGGAGCAGAUGAUUCAGUACAUGAAUGAACUCAACUCCCUAGAUUCAAGGAAAGGCAGGCGACCCCUGGACCUUACAAACAUUAUUUAUUGGUUCAAGAAUGCCCGUGCUGCUCAGAGACGGGCUUCAAAGGCCAUGGAUGAUUCUUUUGAGAAUGAGGAAAAUGGUGACGUGGCUCCCUCAAGUAUCCCCUAUCUUCCAAAUAAAAAUGCUGUGUAUAUGAUUCCGUUUCCGUUUAAUUCCCACAUCAUGCCCUCAGAUGGCCAGGCCGAUGAACCUUGUGACCUCUCGGUUGCUAAGAAACGGCAGGAAGAGGUAUCGGAACCCCAGGAGAAAUCACAGCCAGUACAAGACAGUAUUGUACCAAUGAAGUCCUUCAAUGGAAAUAACAUUAAUAUGGCACACAGUCCUUAUGAGGCAACGAUUAAACGUGAAACGCCUGAUCCUUGUCAUUAUGAGAAUGAGGCUGAAGCCAAGAGUGACAUGAGCUACCCAUGUAUGAACGGCUCUGUGCAGAGUAGUGUGGAGAGUAGUCAGAAACAGGAACAGGAAGUGGACAACUACAACAACAACCAUGACGACGACGACAAGAUGGAGGACGUCGACCAGGAUGAUGUCGAAGAUGAAGAGUACGAGUCUAGUGAUGACAUGUCAGAUGUGAGCAUCUCCGGUGAAGAGCCCAUCUCUAUGUUGAAGAAGGAGCAUGACAGCGAACACGACUACCGCAAUGCCAUGAUGAUGCCAGUGUCAGUUGCCAACUCGAGUGCGGCAAAUAUGGCCGCCCUCUCUCUUGCCCAGAUGGCCCAGCCUCUACAUGUGCCCCAGUUACCUCCCCCACUCAUGACCUAUUACCCGGUGAAUGCUACGCUUUUACUCCCCCCAGUCAAACUCUUUACCUCAUGGCCCUCAGCAACACAACUCCCCCCACAAGCAUCAUGAGACGAGAAGCGUCGCCGCACGCGGGUCUUCAUCGACCCCCUCACAGAGAUCCCCAAACUAGAGAAGUGGUUCCUGGAGGACACCCAUCCCUCGGCGUACAUGAUUGAUAAAUACUGUGAAGAACUGAAUAGGUCUGAGUACCGGGCCAAGUUCCCUCGGCUCGAACCCAAGAAUGUCCAGUUGUGGUUUAAGAACCACCGGGCCAAAGUUAAACGUAUGCGUCUUAGUGCAUGAUUUGGACAGUAUUGUGUUCCUCCAUCCUAUUGGUCAAUAGACCAGUCUCACUUGAGAUUAUUCUAUUUGUCAAGAAGCCAGUCUCCCUUGAGAUUACAAUGUUGAACAUGCAGUUAAUCAGACAUUUAACCAUCCCUCAAGCAAACUAUCACCAACAUGAUCCUCCAUGUUGUAUUAAACACUCGGCUCUGUGACUUGGACAUCUGUUUACUUAAACCUAUUUCUGGCGGUCACAGUUCUGUAAAUCUUUUGUGUGUAAGAACUGGUUUCAAUUCAGUUUAUUCAUAAAAUUCUUAAUGAAUAUAAAUUCAUUAUUCAAUUUUAUUUAAUAAUGAGCUGAACCUACUGUUAUUUUAAUUUAAAGGUAUCAGCUCAUAUUUUUAUUUCAAACAGAUUGAAUUAGAUUCCAGGUCUUUGUCUUAUUUGACCAAUCAGAAUCAAUCAGUCUUCGCAGAUAAAACCUUUCAGCUAUAAGAUGUUUUGCUCAGGGCAUGGUUAUUUGGCUUAUUGAUUGUCACAUGAACGUGAUGUGAGUUGUCUCCCCUUAUUGUUGAUGGGGACUUGGGACGGUAUAAGUGUUAGCAAUAAAUACUACUUGCUGGAGGCAGCAGAUGUUUAUAGCAGAUACACUAUACAUGCUAUGGUUUGCUUCCAUUGUUAUUGUCUGUUGGUACGAUCGCACAAGUAACAUGAAUAAUGAUAUUAUAGUCUAACGGAUGAUGUUGCUGGCAGUGAUAUUAUUCUACUUAAUCUCUCACUUGAUUUGUAUGUUGGUAUCUGAACAGGGUCAAUGUAUUUACCAUAGAUUGUGCCAAACAGCCAAGGAGUUAAUGUUACAAUGAAUAGUGCCUCAUAUCAAUACGACCAUUGAUUCUGUGCUAAAUAUCAGGCAACUUUUCAUCUGUAUGUACACUUAUGCUGAUGAUCGUAUCUGGUGGCAACCUUUCUGUACUCACAGUGUGGUCAAUUAAAAAAUCAUCUGCUUUAAUAAUUAGGAAUGUGUGGAAACAACAGGUUUAUUUACGGAGUAAUUUGGGUGCUGCCCACAAUCAUGUUUCACGGAAGUGCUUGGAUUGUCUUACUUUGCAUUGUUUUACGUUGACUUACAACAGUCUGACAAUCAGGAGCCCUGUACUUAGAUUUACAACAGUCAUGAUUCAACAACUGUCAUUAAGUUGGUUUAACAUUCACUUGUGAAUUCAUUCUCAUAUGCUUCUCUGUCUUAUGGGCCCUCUGGGCUUACUCUGUUUAUUUUCUAUCUGAAUUAUGUUUUAGAUGUUGCCAACCCCUUCUCUUUCCUGGUUAAUAUCAAGGUUGACUCGUAUAAGCAGGUGACUAGUUGGUUGAAACUAGUACACUGUUUCUUUCAAGUUUGGUCCCUAAAAUGUGUUUUGUACCCACUGCAAGCACUGAGCACCUGAGCACUUUUAAUAUCUGCAACAUCCCUCAUCAUUCACGUAUACUGAUCAGUACUCACUAAGAGGAGAAUUACUUAACAUCUCACCGGAUGUUACAUGUGUUAAUUUUGUUCUUACAUUUAUAACAUUUGAUACCUACAUUUGGUAACUAAAUACUUGUGUGAGAAUGUGUGUGUAUGUUUCUGAGAGUGUGUGUGACCAUCUGUGCAAGUAUCACCUUGUUGCUACGGAAACCACAUGAAGGUCAGAUCCUGAUGCUCCUCAUAAACCCAUCCAUCCUUCUUUAAUACAUUGUGUCUUUAAUACCAAUAUUGCCUUAUUCGGAAUUUUGAGCCGCAAAGGUCCAAGUUUGAAAUAUUUCUGUUUUAGACCUGUUCUCAAUGUCUCACAUGACCAACUAGUCACGUCUUUACAGCACUUUCCCUAUAGUUAGAUUACUUAAAUGCCAUGUCCACAUACUUAGAUUACCAGUCAACCAUGUUCCAAAACUUACAUAACUAGGAAAAUGGAAAGUGCUCAGAAUGCAUCACACAAGGGUGAAAACUGAUUGAUUGAAAUACUAAACUGAAACAGCUGACAGGUAGGAUAUGACUAGGAUGACGUUGAGGGGUAAGAUGUAGAAAGUCAAUGAUUGUUUGAAAUACUAAACUGAAACAGCUGACAGGUAGGAUAUGACUAGGGAUGACGUUGAGGGGUAAGAUGUAGAAAGUCAAUGAUUGUUUGAAAUACUAAACUGAAACAGCUGACUGGUAGGAUAUGGCUAGGGAAGACGUUGAGGGGUAUCAGGAUGGACUUCCAUGAUGUGAUUCUGUGUUGAAUGUCUGAGUGCAAUAACAAUAUCAUCAGCAUAUUAUGGGUACUCAUCACUUGUUGUUUUAGUUGGAUCACUAGAUCUGUUGUUUGUUGCUGUUAUUUUGUAUUAUGUUAAGUUAGAUUUUGUGCUCUACGCAAGCUUUUGACUAUCAAAAACAAUAUAACUAAAAAAACUACCAUUAGAAAUUAUCAGUAUUUGACCAGAUACUGACCUUGACUAUCAGGAAACAGUAGGAAUUGCCAGUACAGGUAGAAAUAAUCACAACAUCUGUCCAAAUGCUGACCAAUCUUGAGAUGGGACAUCACCCUUUCUUUCACAUAAGCAUUAGAUAUGACAAAUCUCCACCAUGUUUCUAUCAUGGACACUAUCACUGAUCAAAGACUCUUGUUUUUAAGUUUCCAAUCAGUUCAAUGUUUUUGUGGUAAGUUCUGCAAAUCCAUAUUUUUUUGUUAAACAAACAAAGCCAAAUUUGAAAUGUGUGUCACCACUGACAGGCCGAUAUUGAUUGCAGAGGUAAGCUUCUCUUUGAUACUUGAAAGAUCAAUGGUAGCUUUCAUGUCUGUAGUUCUGGGAUUGACGAACAAUGCCGCACUGCAGAUCUUCUCAGAGGAUUAGGUUAAGCUGGGGAUGAUCACCAGGGAAAAUUGUGUAUUGAUUUCCCCGGCCGUGCUAAGCUUUAAUCUGCUAGAUUACAUUCCCAGUAAGGAUUGACAUGUUCACCACACAGCAAUCAAUAUCGAGAGAGGAGGCACGCUCAUAUGGAAGGUUUGGGCUCACAAUUACUGAAAACACAUCCACAGAGCUAUUGUUUAGCAUCAGGGCAAACAAGGAGGUUGUUAAUUCAAACAUGCUAAACUGCAGCAAUUUAUUUGAAAGAAAAUUGUCUAUUUUAAUUGAUUUAUAUAAAUUCAUAACUCUGUAAAUAUAUAUAUAUGUACUGAUUGGAAAGAGUUUUUUCAUAAUGGUAUGGAUGACAUGUUGUAGAUGUACACAUUUGUGGAUCCUUUUGUUGUAUGUUCAUAUGGCCUAUUCCUGCACAGUUGCCUAUGAACUAUGGUUCUUUAUAGCUGUGGAAAUAUUAACCUUUAUACAAUGUCUCUCUAAUAUCUGUCUGAGGGUGCCGAGAACCCUGUGUCAUGUCUCCGCAAUGCUCAGUAGAUUCACCCUACCAGUAUUACCUUGGGGGUAGUGGGACAGCAGGUGGGGGUGAGAAUGUGUAUGGGUGAGAUGAGAACAAGAGUCGGGGCAGGGAUGGGUGGGAAAAGGGGUGGGAUCUGGUGGGGUGAGAGUACAAGAAUGUGAAGGGUUUGAGUGGGUUGGGAUAAUGAGAAUUUAUGGUAACAGAAACAUGUAGGGGUGGAAUACAGUGUAGAGCCCCUGAAUCUAAAAAUGUUUCAUCUCAUUCAGUGAACAUGUUGUGCAAUCCUACUGUCAGCUGAUUGUCUGAGGUGUAGUACUUGUGUGUUUCCAUAGUGCUGGUGUACCUCCUGGACACCUACAGGCCAAACUCGCCACAUACUCAAUGUCUCUUUAUAUUGGUCAAAGGUAGAUAACUCCUUCCUGAAUUCAUCAUCAUUUCAGCACUUUUGUUAUGAUUUUCACACUUUGUUAAAGUUUUAUACAAAAUAAGAAUGAAAAAUAAAUGCUUUGUCUGUGAGUUGUAUCACAAAUAUUUUAUACAUCAUGUUGACAAGAUGUCUUACUCAUAAACACUGUUGCAAACAGAACUGUAGUUUCUGUGAUGUGCUCUGUGCUUCAUGUAUGUACAUUCUAGUACAUGGAAGUGUGAAGGUGUAUAUUUCUCCGACAUGAACUACAGCUGUAGAACUGUCCUUGUAAGCUUACUGCAAUAUUUUGCACCCAUAUCCUCACAUCAUAAUUUAUUAUUGUGCAUGCCUAUUAUUAUUAUCAUCAUUAUUAUUAUUGUCUGCGUUAUGUAAUCUAAGCAUAUUAUUAUUAUUGUCAUAUUUUGUGUUUUGAUUCUAGUCAAAUGUAAAUUGCAUAACACUUCCCUCUUUUGAGAAUUGUCAUUUUAAGAUUUGUGCAAGAAAUUUAUCGAUUCAUCCAAAUUUUGCAAGUCAACUCCAAAGUGCUAUUAGAAUGUGUUUGAUAUUGUACUGAUAGAGUUUGAUGAGUUAAUUGUUGGCUGAAUUUGAGAGGUGGGACCCUGUGACCUCUGUUCAACUCUACUCUAGUCUGUAUAUACUGCAAACCACAUCAGCUAUAUACACUGAAUACUAAACAUUUUAUUGCAUUUUCAGAAACAAAGUAUCAAAUUGACGGGAAGUUGAAUGAGAUUGUACAUUUUUUGGUAUAAAAAGAAUGUUACCAGAAGCAUAAAUAUCUUCCGAUUCCUAUGACAUUUUUGUAAUUAUUGUGAGGAAUGUCUCUCCCGACUUCUCCCUGUAUGUCCAGCAUAGUACUGUUCUUGCAAAACAUAAUAUUUUCAUUGUUGCGUUUUUUAUAUGCACUUAGGUUGGUGAUAAAUAUACUCAUUUUUGACAUGAAUACAUUGCAUAGUUGGAAAGAACUCCAGUUUUCACUGUUGGUUGGUGAUGUACUGAGUAACUUAAUGCUUUCUGAAAUAUGUUGUUUCUUCUUGUUAAUGGUAAUUGAUAUUCUACCUAUGGGUGAUAGGCUGAGAAGGCUGUAACCUAUUCAACACAACUGUUGUCGUUAUUACAAGGCGGCUACAAGUUAAAGUAGCCAGAAAUUGUGAACAAUGUUGGUAUAUUUCAGUGAUUGUCUCCUGAAGAGAAUGUUGCAAGUCUCCUGAAGAGAAUGUUGCAAGUUACAUCCCAUAUUUUGUGAACUGUGUUGCAAGGACAUUUCACUGAUUUUCUGUGAACAUUGCUGCAAAAGACAUCUCACUCACUGUAAACAUUGUUGCAAGAGACAUCUCUCUGAUUGUCUAGUGAAGAAUGUUGCAAGAUACAUCUCACUGAUUGUAAGUGAUGUUGCAAGAGACAUCUCACUGAUUGUAAAUGAUGAUGCAAGAGACAUCUCACUGACUAAACAAUGUUGAAAGGACACCCCUCUGAUUGUCCUGUGAACAAUGUUGCAAGAUACAUUUCACUUAUUUUCUGUGAACAUUGUUGCAACAGACAUCUAACAAAUUGUCUGCAAACAAUGUUGCAAGGACAUCUCACCUAUUGUCUAUGACCCAGAGAAUGCAGGUCAACAUUGUCAGUUGUGUUUCUUAAGUGUUGUCAUGACAACAUUUUGUUUUUGAAACCCCAAUUCUACCUUCCAUUAGACGUUUCUUGCAAGUGGCCUGUACUCUAAAGUCUCACCUGUCUGUAUCUACUCAUGUUGUCUCUCUUAUUUAAGUUAUCUACAACUGUAGCUAGCAUGCACAGUGUCUUUCCGUCACUUUCACUGGACAAUCAGGCCAGGUCGACAUGAUACGCAAUGUACAUAGAGUUCUAUACAACCAUGUCACUGUACUGAGACGUGUACUCAUGAAUAUGCAAUAAAAUGGUAUUGAUAUAUGUUA